AUGGCUGUGUCGGGGAUAUGCAAGUGGAUAGGGAAUACUGUGCCUUUUUAUUUUGUGAUAAUUUCCUUAUUUUGUGGCCUUUCUUUUGGACAAUUGCGAUAUUCGAUUUCGGAAGAACUAGAAAACGGGGCACUGGUCGGCGAUCUGGCGCAUGACUUGGGGCUGGAUAUUCGAAAGCUCGCCACUCGAAAAAUUAAGGUAACCUCGAACAGCGGCAAACGCUACGUGAUUGUCAACCCCAAAAAUGGGAAGCUACUUGUCAAUGAGAGGAUCGACAGAGAGGCAAUGUGCGAUUUAUCCAACACCUGCCUCAUCAAUCUGGAGUUGAUGGUCGAAAACCCCAGCGAGGUGCACCAUGUCGAGGUGGAGAUUGUGGACGCCAAUGACAAUGCGCCGCAGUUCCCCAGUGAAGAGUACCAAGUGGAAAUCACGGAAUCGGCUUUACCGGGGUCUCGUUACCCAAUUGAAAAUGCUCAGGACCCAGACAUCGGGUCCAAUUCGGUUCGUAUGUAUCAGCUCAGCACAAACGACCAUUUCGCGCUGGUAUCUAACAAACCCUCCCUAAACACUAAGCACAUCGAGCUUGUGCUCAAAAAGCCCGUUGAUCGUGAACAGACGCCUUACCACCAAUUAAUUCUAAGUGCUGUGGAUGGUGGCUCACCGGAGAAAACGGGCACGGCCAAAAUCAAUAUCCGGGUGCUGGACUCUAAUGACAAUGUCCCCGUGUUCGACAGCUCAGUGUACAAGGUGAAGCUGUUGGAAAAUUCUCCCAAAGACACCCUGGUGAUAAAACUGAACGCGACUGAUCUGGAUGAGGGCACAAAUGGAGAGGUGUAUUACUCGUUCAGCAGCUACACUCCCGAGAGAGUGAGGCAGAUGUUCAGCAUGGACACCAACACAGGAGAAAUAAGAGUGAGGAGCAACGUCGAUUAUGAGGAGACCACUUCCUAUGAGAUGUACAUUCAGGCGAUGGACAAGGGCCCCGGGGCCGUGGCGGCACACUGCAAGGUAGUGGUGGAGGUGGUGGACGUGAACGACAACGUCCCUCAGAUAGUGCUCUCAUCCCUGUCCAGCCCCGUGAGGGAGGAUGCCCGCGCAGACACAGUAGUGGCUCUCAUUAGCGUCACUGAUCGAGACUCGGGCGCGAACAAGCAGGUGAGCUUGGAGAUCCCAGCAGGCCUUCCUUUCAAGAUCAAGUCAUUCAGAAACUACUACACUCUGGUUACCUCAGCCUUCCUGGACCGCGAGACCACCAAUGCCUACAACGUCACUCUGAGUGCCACCGACAGAGGAAACCCUCCCCUUUCCUCCCAGAAGACCAUACAGGUGGACGUGGCUGAUGUUAAUGACAACCCGCCGCGGUUUGAACAGACUUCGUAUACCGUUUAUGUGACUGAGAACAAUGCCCAUGGCGCCUCUUUGUGUACUGUGAAAGCUCAAGAUGCAGAUAUCAAAGAGAAUGCGCGCAUCACCUACACAGUGCUCAACGACAACAACCAUGGCAUCCCUGUCACCUCAUAUGUGUCCGUGAAGGCCGACACCGGGGAGGCUUAUGCCCUGCGAGCCUUCGACUAUGAGUCACUGAGAGAGUUUCACUUCCAGGUCAAAGCCCAAGAUGGGGGCAUUCCUCCACUCAGCCGCGUUGCCACUGUCUACAUCUACAUAAUGGAUCAGAAUGACCACGCACCACUGAUAGUCAACCCUCCUGGCAACGGCACGCGCUCCUUGGAAACGGUACAGAAGAACGCCGAGCCCGGCGCCAUGGUGACCAAAGUUGUGGCUUACGAUGCAGACGCUGGUCCGAAUGCCUGGCUGGUGUACAUGCUGGAGACGGCCACUGACCUGGACUUGUUCAAGGUGCACGAGCACACCGGCGAGAUCAGGACCACUCGGAGGAUCCUGGAGGACAACUCCACCUCUUUUGCUCUCACCGUUUUAGUGAAGGACCAUGGGCAGCCAAGUCUCUCCUCCACCGCCACCAUCAACGUUGCUGUCAUGGAGGUGCCACCCAAAGUAGCUCCUGACCCCAAGAGGAUCAUCCGACCUCACAGCACGCUGCUCUUCUCCAACGUGACCCUCUACCUGAUCGUGGCUUUGAGCGCCACCACCUUCGUUUUCCUGGUCACCGUGGUGGUGCUGGCCAUCGUCCGUUGCCAUGCCUACUGCACCCAACCUGGGUCCUGCUCCCCGUGCUGCGUGUCGCAGAAGCCCCCUCCAGACGGCGGGAGCAGCAGCGUGAGUGCCGGCGGUGGAGGCGGAGGCGGCGGCGGCGCACCUGGGGCCCAGCCUAAUAACAAUGUGAUGCUCCGGAGGGACCUUAAAGUGGAGCCUCACUACAUCGAAGUGCGUGGGAAUGGCUCCCUAACAAAGACGUACUGCUACAAGACCUGCCUGACAGCCACCUCUGGCAGUGACACGUUCAUGUUCUACAACACGGGGCGUCCCAUCAGUGGCACCUGGGGCAGCGGCGCUGACCGCUUCUUCACGAGUGGAAGUGGAUUUGUACGCAGACUGAGCAUGCCCGAUGCCUCGAUGCAACUCUGCCCAGAGCCGAAAGCCCCGAAUGCUGACUGGCGAUAUUCUGCAUCUUUGAGGGCAGGGAUGCAGAGUUCGGUCCACAUGGAGGAGUCCUCUGUGAUGCAAGGAGCCCAGGGGAUGCUGGUCCAGAACUGGCCCACUGUGUCCAGCGCCGCAGAUGGAGAUGGAGGGGAACUUUCACCCCCGGUGGGCGCUGGAGUCGACAGCAACAGCUGGCACUUCAGAUACGGCGCCUCGGGACAGGGCUACUGCCCUCCUCAGCCCAUGAAGCCCGGAGAGAUCCCCCCCGAAGCCUUCAUCAUCCCCGGAUCCCCAGCCAUCAUUUCUAUUCGCCAUGACGCCGGCCCUGUGGACGACAAGGGUGACUUCAUAAGCUUCGGCAAGAAGGAGGAGGCCAAGAAGAAGAAGAAGAAGAAGAAGGACAAGAAGGACAAGAAGGAUAAAGGAAAGGAUGACGGUGGGGAUGAUUAG